AACCGCAGGCGCAGAUAAAGGCGUGGUAGCAAAAAUUGAAAGUAAACAUUUCAACGUUACAAAUUUGUACAGACUUUCGUAGACCUAAUGAUGAAAAUAAAAAUGGGAGUUUUCGGCUGGUUUCCGUCGUUGUUCUUUGCUAUCAUGACUGAAGGAUUUUCAGUGCAGGGUCCUGCGAUGCCCCUAGUUGUCCAGUUGGGGGCAUCUGUAACGUUGCCCUGCUCUGUGGAUACCCGACUACCUCUGCACGAGCUGGAGGUGCAGUGGAUGAGGGAGGAUUCUGGAUCCCUGGUGCAUCUGUUCCAGGACGGAGAGAGUAGGCCAGAAUCACAGAGCCCAGCUUACAGCGGCAGGGCCGAUUUUCUCUCUGAAGAAAUCUCCAAAGGAAACUUCUCUCUGUUGCUUAGGAAUGUCACUACUGAAGACAAAGGGCUGUACAAGUGCGUAGUUCACACUGUUCAAGAGUCCAAUGAAACAAAGGUGAAAAUAGAUAUUGAACGGCUGGUUGUGACAGGUGCAGACCUGCCGAUCUUUGCAUAUGCAGGUCAGGAUGUGAUUCUGAACUGCUCAGUGGACACCCAUGUUCCUCUCAAAGAGUUAGAAGUAGAGUGGAUAAAGACAAACGGGGAAAUCCUGGUGCUGCUGUUUGCUGAGGGGGAGAACAGACCAGAGUCACAGCACGAGAGAUUCAGGGGGCGUGCCGAGUUCUUCAGUGAGGAGAUUCCCAAAGGAAACUUCUCUCUGAAACUGAGGGAUGUAAAAACAGAAGAUAAAGGAGAAUUCAUGUGCAAAGUCCAUACAGACAGAGAAUCAGUCAAUGCACCGGCAUGGCUACAAGGACUGGGGUUCUCCUCCUUACAUGUGUGUGUCCUGGUUUUAACCAUUGCUGCUGCAGUUUUUGCAGUUUUAAGCUGCCUUCCUGCUCUUUGGAGUAUAAUCAAAAAAGAUGAAAGCAACAGGGCUCUGUUGCUAUACUGCCUUCAAGUCUCAGUUCCAUGCAUCCUGAUAUCCAUCGCAUUCGCCAUAUGGGGUAAAAUUGAAAUGCUACUGGCCCUGGUCCUUGGACGCCAUACAUGACUGUGAAGCUCAGCCAUUCUCCAGAACAGUGCCUAGACCAGAUGAACCACCCAGCAGCCCUAACAUUAUAUUUUUAUUUGUCUUUUUUCUACAUUGGUACACAGAGCACAUGUAGGUGUAUCGUGCCAUUAUUAGGUGACCUAUGAUAUGUUUGAUAGUAUUUUUAAAGAAAAAUAAAUUAUAUUACUUGUUCUUUUGAAUUGAUAAUUUUAAGACAGUUUACAUGGAUGGUCUACACUGUCUGAUAUCUGUUAAGGCGCUGUCCAAGUGCAUGAAUGGUCUCCACAGUCUGGUAUGUAAGUCACUGUUCUAGCGCAUGAAUGGUCUCCACAGUCUGGUAUGUGUUAAGGCUCUGUUCUAGUGCAUGAAUCUGCGCUUUUUCGCACUCUAGUGACCUCCAAUGACCAGUUUGCUGCCAAAGCUGCAUAUGAAGUGUCUCACUGUGACUCAUGCCUAUGCAAAGCUUGGCUUGUGGGCGGCGGUGUGAAGACGCUGACCUGACAUGCUUUGGUGGAGAGCGGAUACUCAUCUACACUGUCCUGCAUUGGCUGCAGGGACACCAGCAUCAGGGCAGCUGUAUAGAUCAGCCAUUCCAAAAUGGGGAGAAAAUUGGGGAAAAGCGUGAAAAAUAUAAAUAAAAAUACAGAGCUGCAUAUUUGUCACUG